AUGAUGAGCAGCGUCUCCCCUCCGGCGCCGUCGCUCCCCUCCGGGGGUGGAAGCUUCUUCAGAGGGUACACGAAGCUCUGCAAGGGCCUCGCCGUCAUAUUGCUUCUCGUGCACCUCUUGGUCCAGCUGUUCCCAUCGGCCGUCAACUAUCUCGCGCUUAUCCCUGCAAGGACAAUCCCUUUCGCCUGGAACUUGAUAACUGCUGGCUAUGUCGAGCAAACCAUUCCAGGGGUGAUUAUCAGCAUCAUUGGUCUUCUUUUAUUUGGGAAAUUAUUAGAGCCUUUAUGGGGCACAAAGGAGUUAUCAAAGUUCGUUUUUAUUGUCAACUUCUCAACUUCAAUGUGUGUCUUCGUAACUGCUAUUGCUGUGUACUACGUAACACAACAAGAGAGCUACCUCUACACUCCUCUUUCUGGUUUCUAUGGGGUUCUGUCAGGAUUGCUGGUGGGCAUCAAGCAACUUAUGCCAGAGUUGGAGCUUAAUCUUUUCGUGCUGAAGAUUAAGGGAAAGUGGAUCCCAUCACUUAUUGCACUGAUCUCCGUUGUUGUAAGCUUCUUCAUGAAGGACUUGGUAUCUUACCUCCCAGUUAUACUGUUUGGCAUUUAUAUGAGUUGGAUUUACCUGCGUUACUUCCAAAAGAGGCUAGAGACAGGCCUGAAAGGGGAUCCAAGCGAGGAGUUCUCUUUCUCAAGUUUCUUCCCUGCAAUUCUGAGACCAGUUCUGGAUCCAAUAGCCACAAUAUUCCAUAGGCUUCUUUGUGGAAGAUCUGAUAGGGCAGACCGGGGUCAGACAUUGGAAACGUCAUCAUUGCCGGGUUCAGAUUCUACUGAGGCAAACAGGAGGAGGGAAAGGGGUCAAAGGGCACUGGAGCAAAGAUUGGCUGAGAAGCUGGCCGCGGUCAAGAGUACAGAGAGCACGUCUCUCGACGCAUCCGACAAAGUUUGA